UUGGAUGGGCAGGGCAGGACGAGGGGGGGGGGCCAUGUCGUGUCGCGACAGCGUGCAGGUGCCCGACGACAGCGACUUCGGAGCCUUCCGAGCCCAGUGCGAGGCGGAGCGCGGCUGGAGCCUGAGCUACAGCAAGGGGGGGGUCGCCGUCUGGGUGCAGCCCCCGGAGCCCCACGCAGCCCCCCACAAGAUCAAGUGCAGGAUGGAGUGCGGGGAGGUGGCGGCCGAGACCCUGUACGACGUGCUGCACGACACCCAGUACCGAGCCCGCUGGGACCCCAACGUCAUCCAGACCUUCGACAUCGCCCGCCUCACCGCCAACGCCGACAUCGGCUACUACUCGUGGCGGUGUCCCAAGCCCCUGAAGAACAGGGACGUCAUCACCCUGCGCUCCUGGCUGCCCAUGGGCUCUGACUACAUCAUCAUGAACUACUCCGUCAAGCACCCGAAGUACCCCCCCAGGAAGGACAUGGUGCGGGCAGUGUCCAUCCAGACCGGCUACCUGAUCCAGGGCACCGGUGCCAACAGCUGCACCAUCACCUACCUGGCACAGGUGGACCCCAAAGGCUCCCUGCCCAAGUGGGUGGUGAACAAAUCCUCCCAGCUCCUGGCCCCCAAGGCCAUGAAGAAGCUGUACAAAGCCUGCCUGAAGUACCCCGAGUGGAAGCAGCGGCACCAGCCCCACUUCAAGCCCUGGCUGUACCCGGAGCAGUGCCAGCUGCCCCCCAUGGCGCUCUCGGAGCUCUCCCUGCAGCACGCAGAGUCCCUGGAGAACAUCGACGAGAGCGGCCUGGACGAGGCCAGGGAGGAGGCCAGCGACGAGGACAGCCUCAACUGACCCCGCCCCCGCCCCAGCAGCCCCGGCUGACCAC